GUACAAUAGUCUUUAUUAAAUUAAAAAAAAAAACGAAAAACAAAAAAAAAUCCAAAAUGAAAUCCAUCCAACCAACCAGAGCUAUUUGCUUAUUAAAAAAAAAAAAGCCAGAGCAAUUUUCGUUAUAAAACAAUAUUGGACCCCAUUAAAACUUCUAUAAUCAUUCCCUUCCUGGUCUGUCUGUCAGACACCCAGGAGAAGAACAGUUAAACCACAACAGAACAGAAGCAAAAUCAAAAUCAAAAUAAAAUCUUUCUGCCCAAAAUCCAAAAUCCCAUGGAAGACUGCAACAGAUCAAGGUCGUACGGAAGUGGGAUGAUGCAGAUUGACAACUACUACGGACCGCCCAGAAGCUUCAGCACGUCGCAUACUCAAACCCAGAUGGGAAACGACAUCAACAACAACAAUAUCAGAGACUUGAAGAUGAAGAAAGGGAAAAACGCUUCUGGGUCUUCUUCUUCAAAGCCAUGGAGCUUCGGAGACCCAGAGUUUCAGAGGAAGAAGAGGGUGGCCAGCUACAAAAUGUACUCCGUUGAGGGAAAAGUGAAGGGUUCUUUCAGGAAAAGCUUUCGGUGGCUCAAGGAUAAAUACACCCAAGUCGUUUAUGGCUGGUGGUGACUUUUGGUAUUAUCCGUAUUUUUAGCUAAUUUUACUUUCUUUUUUCUUUUGUAUUUUUUUUUGUGUGUGUAAGUUUUGAGUAGCAAAGGUGGAUUUCUUUCUUAUACUGAAGAUUUAGGCUGAUGGGUUGCGAUGACAAGUUGAAGAUCUGUGUUGGCCAAUUGACAAAAGUCGUGAAAUUGGGCAAAGCAAGUGCUCUGUUGUGUUUUCUAUUCUGGGUAUCUUUUUUCAGGGCUACAAUCUAUCUGAAUGUUAAUUUUGAGCUUUUUCCCUUCCUUAUAAUUGGUUAAUCACCUUUUCCCAAAUAUGGGUUCUCAAAAUCUUUGAAGUACUUAUUGAUGUCUCAACUUUCUGAGUUGUGGUAUUUUUUUUCCCUGUGGUUUUGCACUACUAUGAUUCAAGAGGUAAAACUAAAAACUAGGUGAUAAAAACACUCUCUUGGUAUGUUUCCGAGGAACCUUUUUUUUUUUUUUUUUAAUGUUGGAGGCUGCAUUAGGACCAACCAGGAUCGUGGGACUGGAAACACUCCAUCCUAAAU